CAUGCAAAAACUGGUCCGGCGAGUUGUCAACCGCUCUUUGCCACGGCUCCACUUCUCCUUUAGCGGGAAAUUCAGCAAUUCAGCGGUUUCGAUGGCCGCGCAAUAGAGAUCAUCGAUUUUGUGGGGACGCGAAUGCGCGAUUGGUCGGGGACGUUGCGGUUCCUGGACGGUGUUCUGCUCGCCGAAAACGAUGUGGAGCCGAUGACUCUUCCAGAACGCCUCAAUGCUCAGAAACUCUCCUCGCAAUCGUCGCAUCAACAGUUCUCGGGAAACAACGAUGCUUCUGGAGCGACUGUUUCGUUGCGUCGAGUUAACGCGGUUGGGAGUCUGACCGACAGCCUUCCUUUUUCGGACACUGCGCAAUGGCUGCCGAUCACGACCACGACCACGACAUCACGCCCGUCAGCUCACCACAAUCACUUGUCUACAGUGACGCACCCACGCAUGCAUGCAAAAGCUCAUCUCACUUUCACAUCCACCUGCAAGCUUCUGCACAUGAGCCAUUUGGUGCUCCACUCAUCUCGAAGAACUGCCGAAGGUGCAGCCCCGCGGCAAGGCACGGCUGAUAUAGCUAUCGCAACGUGGUCGGCCGCAAGGAACGACGCGCAACUUUCCUGCCAGUCGGAUUCAGGAACAAGAGGGUUGCGGUUAGAUGCCGGUCGCCGGGCCCGGGCUAAGACACGGGAGCAAAAGAAAACCACAAACAAACACCGGUGUAACACGGCGCGACGUGUAGGAUUGUUGUUGGCGGUGAGUAGAAGGCUUCCCGAUUGGGUAAUACUGAUGCGGGACGUUGGUCGGCUUGCCACCACUUCUUUUCAGAGUUUCUGAAGAGUCUUUUGCGAGCAGUCAAAUUUUCUUUUUUGUUACUUCAUCCUCUUGCCCAAAUUUCCUUCCUUCCACGACUUCUUUCCCGCGGCUAGCGGGGUUCCCUUUUUGUUGAGCAAAAGUAUGCUCCGUGGUCGCAGGAACACCAUCCUAGGCGCAGGGCAAACAGUUUAUCCCGGCCGACAUCUCGCAUCUGCG